CAGGACUUUGCCCAGCCCCACCCACCCUUCAUUAAACUUCCUGCUCCAGCCCCUGCCUUCACCAUCUUGAUGUUUGGAAUUGAGGACUCAGGAUCCUUGCCAAAGAGGAGUCUCCCCAGCUCAGUAUAAAUGCUGGAGAGGCUGCUGAUCUGACAGACUACAGAACUUACUCAUGGCUGAACCCCAACUGGAUGUGAAGAAGCCCUCAGGUGAAUAUAAACAAGGAGGCUCAAAUCAACAGUUGCCAACUGACCCAGGUGAUAAUGCCAAACCUGAUGACACCUGCCCAGAGCUCGUACUUAAAGUCAGAAUUCAGAGCCACAAAGAAAAUGACUUCAUUGAAGUUGAACUGGAUAGACAAGAGUUGAGUUACCAAAAUCUACUACAAGUAAGCUGCUAUGAACUGGGGAUUAACCCAGAGCAAGUGGAGAAGAUCAGAAAGCUACCAAACACAUUGCUCAGAAAGGACAAAGACAUUCUAAGACUAAAGGACUUUCAGGAAGUAGAACUCAUUUUAAUGAAAAAUGGAAGCUCUGAACUGACAGAAUAUACACCAUCUCUGCUCGAAAAGCCCUGCUACAACAGCAAUGCUGCAAAAAUGACGUAUUAGAUGGCAGAAAUGAAAAACGGGAUCAAUAUUUUGUAAAUAAUGAAGUCUGGAUGCAUCUUGUUUGUUAACUUCAUAUGUGUACUUAUUUCCUUGUUGUGCAACUUCUCUAGGCUUGGGA